GCUUUCAGCCUUUAGACACUAUGCAGACUAGUUAGAAUUGGGAUAUCCCCGGUUUUCAUCUUCUGCCCUGGUUUCCAUGAUUGCAUAUUUUUCUCUGAAGGAUUAAACUUGGAAAAAAACAGAAAUGUGUUUAAGAUCUAGAAAAAAACUUUGGCAGCUAUCAAGUUCCAUCAUUCUUCUCUCAGCCUUGUGGACUCUUGGUUUAUCUCAAACAAAAAUUGAAUUCAACCCUAACAGAUUAGAUGACAGUACCGUGUGUCCGAAGAUACGAGUUGGGCAAGAUGACCUCCCAGGAUUUGACCUCAUCAGUCAGUUUCAAUUAGAUGAUGCACCAGUGAAGGGGGUGAGACGAGUUGAAGGCUCAACACCACUGCAAGUCGCGUACAAACUUGAUAAAGAGGCAAAAUAUCAAAUUCCCACAAGACUGAUUUACCCAGGUGGCUUCCCCGAAGAAUACUCCUUUGUGGUCACAUUUCGCAUGGUCAGAAGUACAACUGGCAAAGUGUGGAAUGUGUGGCAGUUGGUGGAUGAGGAGGGCUACAAGCAAGUGGGACUACGGCUUAAUGGAGAUCAGCAAGCAGUGGAGUUCUUUCUCGUGGGUCAAGAUGGCAACCUUCAAGUUGUCACCUUUCCUGGGGUAUCGCAGCUUUUCAACACAGCAUGGCACAAAGUGCUGGUGGGCGUUGAGCGGGACGAGGUGACUCUUUACAUAGACUGUCAGCCUAUUGGUGUUAAGCCAAUUAAGGCUAAGGGAAAUGUCAAUGUAGAAGGACCAACCCUCAUUGGAAGACUGGAUUCAGAUCCUAAUACAUCAGUUGUGUUUGAGUUGCAGUGGAUGCUGAUACACUGUGAUCCCCACAGAGCACAGAGAGAUUCCUGCUCAGAGUUACCUAUUCAGGAGAGAGUUAUUCCCAAUGCUGAGCCUGACAUACGGGGUCCAAGACCAGUUCCAGGUCCUGAAGGUCCUCAGGGACCCCCUGGCCCCCAGGGGCCACCAGGAGAUGAUGGCAAACCAGGACGUGAUGGUAUACCCGGUCUUCCUGGCACCCCUGGCCAUCCAGGUCCUAAAGGAGAAAAAGGAGAAAUUGGACUUCCAGGACAAAGAGGAUUGCCAGGCCUUCCUGGAAUUGAUGGUUUACAGGGGCCAUUAGGACCUCGAGGUGAACGUGGACCACCUGGCUUACCCGGCACUCCUGGCACUCCUGGAGUAGGACAAGAAGGACCUCCUGGACCUUCUGGUAGUCCUGGCCCAGCUGGAGAUCCUGGAAAUUUAGGCCCUGAGGGUCCGGCUGGUCCACGUGGUCCUCCAGGCACACCAGAGUCUUCCAGGUCCUCCUUUGCAUUGUUCUUCUAUAAAUUUUCAACUAUACAGCAAGAAGGUUUAUUAGGUCCACCUGGUACCUUUGCUGGAGAUGGAAGUGGAGAUUUGUGCCCAACGUCCUGUCCAGCAGGUCCUCAAGGAAACCCCGGCCUACCAGGACUUAAGGGGCACAAAGGCAAACAGGGUGAAAAAGGAGAGGCAGGAAAAGAUGGGCAAAAGGGUGCACCAGGGGCUCCAGGACCACAAGGCCCCCCUGGAGUUGCUGGAGAUCAGGGCCCAAAAGGGACAAGAGGUUUUCCAGGUGCUCCUGGAGACAAGGGAGACAAAGGCCCUCCAGGAUUUAAUGGCAUUCCAGGACCUCCUGGUCCAUCAGGUCCCCUGGGACAACAAGGCCCAAGAGGACCUGAAGGAAUACAAGGAUCAAAAGGAGACAAAGGUCCUAUAGGUUCAAGAGGAGAGGAUGGCCUUCCAGGACCAAAAGGCGACCCUGGUGCACCUGGUAAACAUGGAAAUGACGGACAACAUGGGAAAGAUGGAAGCAAGGGUGAGCCUGGAGAGCCUGGAAACGUGGGGGUUAGAGGCCUUGUUGGUAUUCCUGGCUUUCCGGGACCAGUGGGUCCAAAGGGUGAGCCUGGAGAUAAGGGAGAAUCUGGGCCUCAAGGAGAAGCAGGACCUUUGGGCCCUCCAGGUAAAACAGGAGAACAAGGAGAGGUGGGACAAAAUGGAAUGCCUGGGCCAAAAGGAUCUCCUGGAGAACUUGGAAAACCAGGAGCAGUUGGGCCAACAGGACUUACAGGAGAGACAGGUGAAAAAGGUGACAAAGGAGAAUCUGGAUUACGUGGAAUUAAAGGUCAUACAGGAGAAAAAGGAGAGAAGGGUCCUGCUGGGCCACCAGGUCCAAAAGGAAAUCAGGGAAUACAAGGAGCUGCGGGAACUUCUGGAAACAAAGGCGAUAUGGGUCCUCCAGGUAUUCCAGGGAUUAAAGGAGAGGCAGGAGUUAAAGGUGACAAAGGUGAACAUGGCACUGAAGGGCACCGUGGAUUACCCGGUCAUGACGGUCCAUCUGGCCCCCCAGGCUCUCGUGGGUUAGAUGGAGACAGAGGUGUCCCUGGCCCACCAGGACCACGAGGUGAACCGGGAUCAGAAGCAAAUGAGCAGAGAAUCCGAGAGAUCUGCAGCAGUAUAAUACAAGAUCACAUUGCUGAGCUGAUGGCAGCCCUAAGUAAACCUGCAGCACAGGGGUCCCCUGGCCGCCCUGGUGUAGCCGGACCGCCUGGACCUCCAGGCCCUCCUGGUUCUGAGGGACAUCCUGGACCCAGAGGUGCCCCAGGCCCUCAGGGACCCCAAGGGUUCUUUGGCGAGCCAGGUCCAAAAGGUGACAGUGGAGAAAAUGGUGAAAAGGGAGACCCUGGAAUUGGUGUCCGUGGGAGUCAAGGACUGCCAGGCCCUCCAGGAGAACCCGGCCUGCCUGGUAUAGGUAAGCCUGGACGUGACGGCUCAAAAGGAGAACCAGGACUAGCAGGACAAAGUGGCUAUCCAGGCUCUCGUGGUCUCAGAGGCCCACCUGGAUUAUGUGAUCCUUCAAACUGCAUUGGUGCCAACCCACUUUUCAUACCAAUGGGCGGAAAAAAAUCUAAUAUGAAGGGGCCUUAAAGAAAGUGAAAGUGAAAAGCUAAAUAAUUUCAGAAAUAAAUGACUUCAAGAGUACAGAAUGCUUUCCAUUUUUAAUUAAAUUAUUGGAGGACUGCCAACAGUGGUCAUCAGUUGCUGGCCUUUUAGACAUUUGAUUUAGGGGUGUGUCACAUAUUUUUAUAAAUAUUACCUUCUGUUAGAUGCUAAAGCAUUUAAACAUAUGACAUUCAGAUGUAAAAAUACCAAAGGUAAACCUGUGACUAAGCAUUUCCACAAUCCUGUAAAUAAGAGAUUUUGUUGCAUGUGUGUUCGUUCAUCUGCAUAAUACAUGAAAUUAUUAUCUAGAGGAAAUGCCCACAUUUACAGUGUUGAGACUCGUUUUAUUUCCAUUUUAUGUAUUUAAAUAUCUAAUUCAGUGUUCAGUCAAUUACGAAAAUGUAUUCAUUUUUAGAUGAUUUAUACAAAAGGUUUUAUGUAAUAUUGUCAGUCUCUUUCUAUUCCCCCCAUGAAUAACAAUGUAAAAUCAGUUGUUUUA